AAUGUUGGAUUGAGAAAAAGGCAGCGGCAAUUCAGAGACCAAAGGGGACAACGACCCGCCCAGACAACCGCGGCUCAAUUCUCUCAGCCGCCGUAACUUUCUUGUUGCAAAGGCCAGAAGGAGACUAUGUAUUGAAAUCUAAAACAGGGUUUUCGAUUAGGAAAUUUUGGUUGCUGGAAAGCUCAAUUUGAUCAUGCUGUCCAAAGUUGAAUCUAGGAAGAAGAAUAGUGAGGAUUCCAGUAAUGGGAAGUUUUUGAAUGAAAUUGAAGCUAUUAGCAAAGCUUUGUAUUUGGACAAGAACCCUUCAAGGACUUCAAUUUCUGCUUUUCAUACUCGGUUCAACAAACCAGCCGGGAAAACCCACUUGCCCGAACAAAAAUCAAAGCCUAAGAACAGUAAAGACGACCAAUCACGCAAAGACAAGAAAUCCAUUUGGAAUUGGAAGCCGUUGAAAGCAUUUUCGAAUGUUAGAAACCGUAGGUUUGCUUGUUGUUUCUCACUUCAAGUACACUCCAUUGAAGGUUUGCCGGUCAAUUUUAAUGAUCUUAGUCUAUGUGUGCAUUGGAAGAGGAGAGAUGGGGGUCAAGUGACUUGUCCAGCUAAAGUUUUUGAUGGAACUGCUGAAUUUGAAGAGAAGCUGACACAUACAUGCUCGGUAUAUGGUAGUCGAAGUGGACCUCACCAUUCAGCCAAGUAUGAGGCAAAGCAUUUCCUGCUCUAUGCCUCUGUGGAUGGAGCACCAGACCUUGAUUUGGGGAAGCAUCGAGUUGACCUUACACGGUUGCUUCCGCUUACGUUGGAGGAACUGGAGGAAGAGAAGAGCUCAGGGAAGUGGACAACAAGUUUUAAGUUAUCAGGGAAGGCCAAGGGUGCGACACUGAAUGUUAGUUUUGGGUAUAUGGUUAUCGGGGAUAAUCCCAUUCCAGCUGGUAAUAAUCAGUAUGAUACCAAGUUGUCACUUAUGAAGCAGAAUAAUCUGAGUAUGGGAAAGGGCACAAUGAGGCGUGUUGAGAGUCUUCCCAGUUUGGGUAACAUCAAACCUUUGGACUCAUCUCAUUUUGUAGAGGAGAUAAAAGAUCUUCAUGAAGUUUUGCCUGUGUCAAUAUUGGAGCUCGACCAUACAAAUAUGCUAGAUAAGAAAUUUGAUGAAGACAAGUCAGAUGUUUAUGCUGCUUCUCAGCCUGAACACAAUGUCUUAAUGGAACAUGUUGAGCCCAUCAAACCUCCAUCUUCCCUUGCAUCUGAAUCAAGUAAGGAGAAUAUUGAAAAAGAAACUGAAGAUAACCAUGUCUCUGUUGUUGAAAAAGGGAUAGAGUUAUCUUCAGAACAGGCUAAGUUGGAGGAAGUUUCCAUUGUGGCGACUGGUAUACCAACGGUAGCAAGCCCUCAAGUUGUUGGACUUAAUCCUGGCAUUGGAGGAAAUAGUGAAGAAUGCUCUCAGCUUCAUUCCUCCAAUGAGGAGAGUGGUAGUAAUCAAAGAAAUGUGCUUGUGGUGCAAGAUAGCAAUUCCAAAGAGGACAACCAGUGCUCAAAAGAAUCACUGAUGAAAGAAUUAGAGUUAGCUUUAAAUAGCAUUUCAAAUCUGGAGGCGGCAUUAGAUUCUCCUGAUCCUGAAGACCCAGAAGACUACAUGGAGGAUAAAGCAAAUUAUAAAACAAAUAGGAAGGCAAAGUCACUUAGCUUGGAUGAAGUUACUGAAUCUGUGGCAAGUGAGUUCUUGAAUAUGCUGGGUAUUGAUCACAGUCCAUUUGGCUUGAGUUCUGAGAGUGAGCCUGAGUCACCAAGGGAGCGUUUACUAAGGCAAUUUGAGAAAGAUACCCUAGCCAGUGGUUGUUCAUUAUUUGAUUUUGACACGCCUGAUGGGGAGGAAGUAGAAUGUGACUUUGAUACUUCAACUGCUUCUGGUUGGGGGAACUUUACUGAGGGUUUUGAUCUGCCGUCUGUUAUUCAAGAUGCUGAGCAAGAGCAUCAGAUGGAACUUAAUGGGAUGAGCAAAACGAGGGCUAAAGUUUUGGAAGACUUGGAGACAGAAGCUUUAAUGCGUGAGUGGGGAUUGAAUGAGAAGGCUUUUGAGCAUUCUCCUGGCUCUUCUGGUGGAUUUGGGAGUCCAGUUGAUUUGCUUCCUGAAGAGCCACUUGAACUGCCUUCUCUUGGAGAAGGUUUAGGUCCAUUUCUUCAGACAAAGAACGGAGGGUUUUUGCGGUCCAUGAAUCCGACACUUUUUAGUAAUGCUAAAAGUGGUGGGAGCCUGAUCAUGCAGGUGUCCAGUCCUGUUGUGGUACCUGCAGAUAUGGGUUCCGGUAUAAUGGAUAUACUUCAGCGACUGGCCUCAGUGGGGAUUGAAAAGCUCUCUAUGCAGGCUAAUAAGUUGAUGCCUUUGGAGGAUAUAACUGGUAAGACAAUGCAACAAGUAGCAUGGGAAGCUGCCCCCACUGCCCCCACUUUGGAGGGAUCGGAGAGGCAGUGUUUGUUGCAGCAUGAUUUUGAGGUUGGGCAAGAUGUGUCUGGUGGACAAAAGAAAGUUAAAAGAAGAUCAUCUCUACCCAGCUCUAACAAACUUAGUUCAACCUCUGUCAAUGAGAUGGGCUCAGAUUAUGUAUCCCUUGAAGAUCUUGCUCCAUUGGCAAUGGACAAGAUUGAAGCACUCUCAAUGGAAGGGUUGAGAAUUCAAUCUGGCAUGUCAGAUGAGGAUGCACCUUCAAACAUCAGUGCACAGUCUAUUGGGGAAAUUUCCGCCCUUCAAGGUAAGGGGUUUGGUAUUAGUGGGUCCCUUGGUUUAGAGGGAGCUGCUGGGAUGCAAUUGUUGGAUAUAAAAGACAGUGGUGAUGAUGUUGAUGGUUUAAUGGGUCUGUCACUUACUCUUGGUGAAUGGAUGAGACUUGAUUCGGGUGAUAUUGAUGAUGAAGAUCGAAUAAGUGAGCGAACUUCUAAAAUCCUUGCUGCUCAUCAUGCUACAUCAUUGGACUUGAUUCGUGGAGGGUCAAAGGGAGAGAAAAGACGGGGUAAAAAGUGUGGUUUGUUGGGGAAUAAUUUCACAGUGGCAUUGAUGGUGCAACUUCGCGAUCCUAUAAGAAACUACGAGCCAGUUGGUGCACCAAUGCUUGCUCUUAUUCAAGUGGAGAGGGUAUUUGUCCCACCAAAGCCAAAGAUAUACAGUACGGUUUCAGCUUUGAGGAAUGACAAUGAAGAGAAUGAUGACUCUGAGUGUGCUGUAAAACAGGUGGUGAAAAAGGAGGAGAUGAAAGAAGAAGAAGCUUCCCAAGAGGAAGGGAUUCCUCAAUUCAGAAUCACAGAAGUCCAUGUUGCUGGUUUGAAGACUGAGCCUGGCAAGAAGAAACUUUGGGGUAGCAAGACCCAACAACAGUCUGGUUCUCGAUGGUUGCUUGCCAAUGGAAUGGGAAAGAGCAAUAAACAUCCAUUAUUGAAGUCCAAGGCUGCCUCUAAACCUUCAACCCCUUCAACAACAAAAGUUCAGCCAGGUGACACCUUGUGGAGCAUCUCGUCUCGUAUUCACGGUACUGGGGCUAAAUGGAAAGAAUUGGCAGCCCUUAAUCCGCAUAUUCGAAAUCCUAACGUUAUAUUCCCCAAUGAAACUAUCAGGUUGCAAUGAGUUGCGCAUGCAUUGGAAUUUGGUUGAAAGGAUUAAGUGCUCCUACAUAAGAUGGGGUGGUGGCAGAGAGCCAGAGUAUACAGCUUUGAGAUUAGACAGGGUUGACAAGUUCUGCUGGUGGAGAUUUUCAUGUACUUAUUUUCAAUUUGUUGAUUGUCCAUGCAAUUCAAGUCAAGAGCAAAGGUGGUUUGCUACAUUUUCAUUCUUGUCUGUAAAUUUAUAUGUUUUUCGAUCAAAGAGUGCAUGGUGUAAUUUGUGUCUCAAUUUGUGCAAUUGUGAUCUGUCUCUUUUUGCUGCAGAAGAACCGCAGCAGCUGUAGUCUUUGUAGCAGAAAAUUUAAAAAACCUUACAUCAGGCACAUUUGCUUGCCUUCGAAGGCUUGUUUAUCGGAUGAACAAGUGUUAUAGUU